AAUUUUUAUGGUCCGCUAUCUGAAAGUCCCUUAUUUUUUAAUUUUCAGUCCCCUAUUUCCCCUAAAAUACUUUUAAGGGUCACUGUGAAGCGUGGUGUCUGAUAAAUUUAUCGUAUGUUUCUUAUGGCUUGGAUCAAUUAAUGCUUAGAAUAAUACAGUAUAAAUUAAGUUGAAGAAUUUCAGUUUUCUCAACAUUUUCUUUAGAAAAGCCGAUAAAUUUUUAACUCCCUGAGAAGCAUAUUUAAUUUUUUUUUUUUUCAAUUCAAUUACGUAAUUACUUCUUAAGUUAUCUACUUUAUUUUCGUAAGAAAAUUUUUUUAGACGAAGAUAAUACCAUUUAUUUGAAGAAAAUAAAAGAAAAAAAUGAAAAAUUGCGGAAUUAAAGAAGAUAAUCCUCGACUUCUCCAAUUCCAUUUAUUCGGGAAGUGCGUGUAUUUCUAAAAGUAGCGUGUCAGAUUAUUGCGAUGUAUAUGUAUACACUCUCGUAGUAUUGCAAAUGUAACUCUAGCAACCGAUCGAACCCUAAAACGGUUCUAGGGUUUCUUGAAAGAAGCCACUCCACAGCUCCGAGUUUCCUUCUCGAUUCGAGUACUCGAACCACACGAAUAGUUACAAGAUGGAUCAUGUAGAAAAAAUAAACCCAGACGGUAGUUCUCCGGACACACUUAUUGGCCAAUCAUCACCAGAGGAUGAUCGAAAACGGCAAAUGACGAGUUUCUCUGCCGAAAGUCUUAAUACAGCCGCAACUGGUGACAGUAGUUCCAGUUUGGAGACAAUUGUCGGUGUCGGUAUGGAGGCGAAGAAAAAGGGUAGAUUCGGUUCAUUGAAAAGCAGUUUCCGUAAAGAGGGUGGCUUAUUUAGAAUGAAGAAGAAAAAGAAGAAGCAUUUUGACGAUGAACCCUCCCAUCAAUAUCCUCAUAGUGAACAGAGCUCGAAAGACAUGCAUAUUAAUGUCUCCCUCGUUCCUUUUCUCGCUUUUGCACCACAUUUGAAUGGCGACGAUGAAGACCCCCAGAGAAUACUUCCAGAGGAGAAGAAGAACCAACAGCAGCAGGUACAGCAUGAAGAUGUGGGCAGUAAAUCGAGGCAAAAGAAGCCAAAAAAGGCGCAUUCGUUGGUACGAAAAUUGAGUUUGAGUAAGUUCAAGACAUUGCCGGAACCGGAAACGAGACACACGCCCGAAGGUGGUGACAGUAGUCGAUCGUUGAGUCAGUCGUCGCAGGAGUCGACGAGUCGCUUGGACAGUUCGCCGACGUUGACCCCGAGGAAGCAGGAGUCGGUGGUUCAGGAGAAAUGGUCGACGUGCUCGUUGCCGGGAGCGACGCAGGAGAAGUCGACAGUGAGCGAGAGGGAGGGCAAGAAAGGGGAACAACAGACGGUCCAGCAGAAAUCCGAGAAGCUGAUCGAGAAACCGGUGAGCACUAUCACUGUAGUGCAACGCAAGUCGCCUUCGUUGACUAUCAAAAUCAGCAACUUGCAAGAACGAACACUCAAAUUGCAGCAAUACGUAGACGAGGACGCAACGAGAAGAAAUCUAGACCACCAUCCGAGGCCAGAGUUCAAAGAGGAGAAAAGCAAAAAGACAGCGAGACACAUCAGCGUUCGGAAAUUCGAUACAUUCUCAACAUUCGAAGGUACAUUCGACGAGGACACUGGCGUUGGAUAUCUUGCUGGCAUCGAGGAGGACUAUCGCGAAAGUUGCGAGAAGCAGACCGACAGUUUUGCCAGUUUACAGGAAGACAUGGCGCACGCCAUCUCCGAAAACCCCGAGAAAUCCAGAUCUAUUAGCCAGGACAGUGCGUCGUCGCAAAAUAAUGUGCCGAAUUCCGGAUUGGGAGAGAAACGAGAACACUUGUAUAAAAUUUUAGUGAUUGGAGAACUUGGCGCUGGUAAAACGUCCAUAAUCAAAAGAUACGUUCAUCAAUUCUUCUCGCAACAUUACAGAGCAACAAUCGGCGUUGAUUUUGCACUUAAAGUUCUUAACUGGGAUCCACAUACAAUCAUAAGACUACAAUUAUGGGAUAUCGCAGGACAAGAGAGGUUUGGAAAUAUGACGCGGGUGUACUAUAAAGAAGCAGUUGGAGCAUUCAUUGUAUUCGAUGUGACGAGAAGUGCAACAUUGGAAGCUGUAGUCAAGUGGAAACAAGAUCUGGACUCGAAAGUUCAACUUCCCGAUGGCUCGCCAAUACCUUGUGUUCUUCUUGCGAAUAAAUGCGAUCAGCAAAAGGAGGGAUUAGUGAAUACCCCUACGAAAAUGGACGAGUAUUGCAAAGAGAAGAACUUUGCUGGAUGGUUCGAAACAUCGGCCAAAGAAAAUAUUAAUAUUGAAGAAGCUGCUCGAUUUCUCGUCAAUAAAAUACUCCAAAACGAUCAAAUUCUUAAAGGUUCCGGAUCCCAGGAUCAAACCGAUGGCGAGAGGUUUGCAUUAAAUCAAUCUCCAACGAGUUCAAAAAAAUCUUGCGCCUGCUGACGAAACUGUCUUGACAGUGAAUAUUCUUUCUUCAACAAAACGUCCUUGUACUUUAUUAUUUGAAAACUGUUUUAAUAAGCCGAUAAUGAGCCACAACUAAUUUGCAUCUACUCAACGAUUAUUAUAAUUACACCAUCCAUGUACUUAUGUAUAUAUACGUAUCUAGGGUCAGAUUAGAAUAUACGUAUGCAUAUACAUACUUUUACGUAUUUCUCUCGGUACAAUUCUUUACUUUCGUUUCACGUGCCAGUUAGUCAUAUUUAAUAAUGUUCCAAAAAAUCAAAAACUGAUCCACUUAAAAGUACGAAACAAUUGUUUUUUUUUUAUUUAAAUGAAAUUAUAUAACGAAAAGAGAAUCACAAUUCCAUUCAAUGGUGCCUUAAAUUCUUUCAUAAUAUUGACUUUUUGAUAAAAAAAAAAUGUAUGACAAAAGUUUUAAAUGGAAAAUUAAUCAACGGAUUCCACAUUUUAGAUGUUUUACAUUUAUACCUGUAACUUCCAUAUUGUAAUAUUUUUAAGAUUUUUUAUGAAGAAAAGUAACGAAGAAUGGUGGUGGGUUUAAGUGAAGUGCCAUUUAUCCAAGCAUAAUUUAUAUAACCACGUGAACUAUUAAAUCACGAAAAUUUUAAUCAUUUAUUUAUAUCGAUGAAAGUUCCAUUUCUUACAUGAAUUUUAAAUUUUAUUUUAGAAAAUUUCGAAAUGUUAGAGAGAAAAAAAGUCAAUUAUUUGACACUCUUUAUACCUAUAAAUGAAUUUGUUUUAAUUGUGAAAAAUUUUUAAUUUGCGAUUUUUUAUCAUUGUUUUUCUACUAUUUACAAUUUUGUUUCUAUGUUAUAUUCAAUAUACUACGUUUAUGAAUAUUGUGAAUGUGAAUGAAAUGAAAUUUUCAUGACAUUCCAAAAGAAAAUUAUAAAAAAGUGUAUAUCUUGAUUUUCUGAUUUAUUUUUCUCCGAUAUUAAGAUGUAUAAUGAAAUUAGGGAGACUUACUGUUAAGAUUAUUCUAUUUGACUUUACUAACUGUUAAUUUUACUCUAAAUCUGUUCUUUUCUCCUUUGACUAUAUUAAAUUGAAAAUUAAUUGUUAAAAUAAAGAGAGCUUUUAGACUCGAGAAAUACGUAUAUACUAAAAACUACGCUGUAUUAUUAUGUAAGAUAGCGGAAUCUGUAAAUAUUUAAGACGUCUUAUCUGUCUUCUUCUCUCUUUCACUGAUUGAAAAAAUCAUUCUGUAAUACAUUUUCACUUUUAUAAGCAGUAUACGAAAUGAAAAGCAGUCAAGUAUUUAGAAUGGUAGAAUCCUGAGUGUAUUUUGUUCCUUUAUAUAUUGCGGUCGACGUAAUUUUACUCAUUUGACAUAUUGUAUAGGCGCAAUAUUAAAUUAUAUUCAAUUGUUA